AUGGGCAAGGUCAUCUUUGCCAACGAGGCUGUUUUUGUCCAGAAGAUCAAGGAGCACGUUGACGGCCUGGAGCACGCCAGAGACCAGCUCAAUCAUGUGUAUAACCAACGAUUUGAGGCCAUGGUCGACGAGAGGGCUCGCCGCGAGGAGCAGCUCGAGACUCAGCAUACCACCGAACUCGAAGCCGCUCGUAACAAGCUGAGAGCAAGCUACUCACAACCUCUCUACAAUACUGGCGUCAAGACCACCUCCACUUCUACUCCCUUUGAUGGACACGUCGACGAGUUUCAGAUGGAAGACAAACGGCUUGUCUCGGAACAUGCAGAGCGACUUGCAAACAGAAGAUCGCAGGUUCAACACCAUCACAACCUGCAAUUCCAAGCCCUGAGCGAAGAGUAUGACAAGAAGAUUGCCGAACUGCUGGGUGAGAAAGACAUGCUAGACUCGGACCUCAGCAUUGGGCCCGAACGUUUUGAGGAAAUGUCUGAGCAGAUUGAUCGUCUGCACAGCGCAACCAACAGUCCGGCCUCUAUUCGUCAUAGGCCCUUGCGUGCGCAAACCUCCAUCGAUCACCUGCAAGGUCAAGGCAACCAGCACCUCUACCGCAGCAUCGACACCUACCACCCCACGCAACGAACAGAAUCACCCGGCUUUGGAUCGCGACCCCAGUCCGCCUCUGCCGAAUCACAGAUCUCGCUGCGUCGCAAGAGCAGUCACGGCCGCAUAUCCCAAUUCAUCGGCAAAAUGUCGUCGCCAUUUUCUUCCUCCCGCUCUUCUCGCUCCUCAACUUCCGGCCCUUCCCGUCCCCACACCACCGGCCACCGCGUCGUGUCCACCCCUCCUCCCUCUUCUCNNGAGUACUCCAAACACUCCAUCAGCGAAGGCUCAAGCACACUAGGCAGAAACAGUGUCCGUCCCAUGACUGCAGAAGCGCCGCGCACACUCGACAACAACAACCACGCAGACAUGGAUUUCUCUAUUGCGCCUGAGAGAUUCGAAGCCCUGCGCGAAGGCCAAGAAUUGAAGAGUGAAGAGUUGGGAAGGAGAGGUAGUGUAGUGGGCACUGAACAACAGUCGUCGCAACACAAAAGUCCGAAGAUCUUGAGACAUAUUUCGGGGUCGAUUAGGAGGAAGAUGGCUUCGUAG